AUGUCGGAGGAAUGGCGAGAGCGCUCCGCUGCGCCCUCUCCGGAUCCUCAUCUCGGGCCUCUCAAAUGCAAGAGAACAAGCUCCCCUGCGCUCUCUCCGGAUCCUGAUCUCGGAACUCUCAAACGCAAGAGAUCAAGUUCCCCGUCACCACCCCGGUCAAGACCCCAAAAGCGAAGAAAGAAGAACAAAGGGUUCGCAAGCGACCAUGGGCAUACUUUUGCAGGGUUCAUAUUCAAUCACAACAGACAAGAAGCCGAAGGCAUAGCUCGGAAGAUCUAUACGCUGCCAAUCCAGGAACAAGUGGAGAGCCGACUCGUAUUGUAUGGCGAUGCUAGCAUUCGUGGCGCUGCGCCGCCGUGGGAAUUGUUUGGAGAUCCAAGCAAAAUCCCCUCGAAUGGGACGGAACCUCCGCUGUGCAAACCACGUCGUCUUCUUGUCGCCGUUGAUUGCCUCAACCCGGAACGAAUACGAUUCCGGGAUGGCCCAGGCAAUUGGUCGUGCGCGCUGGCGUUGAAGUUCGCAGUGGAGAAUAUCGACAAUCCCGAAUUCCUUGUCACCCAGGAUCGAUCCGCCGGCACGACUUUCCUUAGGCCCAGGUUCGGCCACGUGCAGCCACACGCGAUGAGAAGAGAAGUUUUCAUCUUCACCGACGACAUGAUAGCUCUGCUUCGGCUUAACGGCAGUGUUGCGUAUGCUGCUGGAGACGAAUACGCCGUCCAGAUCGGAGAUAUCUGUCGCCUGUCCGACCUUUUAGCUCAGCUUCGGCUUAACGGCAGUGUUGCGUAUGCUGCUGGAGACGAAUACGCCGUCCAGAUCGGAGAGACCUGUCGCCUGUCCGACCUUUUAGCUCAGCAUGAUGUUCAUGUUGAACUGCAUCUAAGCCCGGGUCAUAAGGGCAUUCCUGGAAACGAGGCAGCCGACGACUUGUCCCGGAUAGCUCAGAAGCAGAUAUAUUCCGUCCCAUGGACACGAGCAGAUAUCGAUAUCAGUGGGGGAGAAAUCCUAAGGGCAACCGUCAUGCUCGAAGCAUCCCUGGCUGCGAAGUCCAGCCCAACGACUCCAGCCACCGAGCAGGCACUUCCGAUCAAGCUUCCUCUCCGGCCCUGGACGGGCGAAGAGCCCCUUCCAGACAGGCGUUCACAGUAA